GAGGUCAGACAGAUUGAAACAACAUCCAGGAAACCAGACAGACCAGAAACAACAAUUGGACGAGAAGACAUCUUUAAAGCCCCACCUGGAAGAGAUGAACCAAUCAGAACAGUGAUGACAAAAGGAGUGGCUGGCAUCGGGAAAACAGUCUUAACACAGAAGUUCACUCUGGACUGGGCUGAAGGCAAAGCCAACCAGGACAUCCAGUUCACAUUUCCAUUCACCUUCAGAGAACUGAAUGUGCUGAAAGGGAGAAAGUACAGCUUGGUGGACCUUGUUGAUUACUACUUCUUUAGCGAAACCAAAGAAGCAGGAAUCGGCAGGUUUGAAGAGUUCCAGGUUGUGUUCAUCUUUGACGGGCUGGAUGAGUGUCGACUUCCUCUGGACUUCCUCAACACUGAGAUCCUGACUGAUGUUACAGAGUCCACCUCAGUGGGUGUGCUGCUGACAAACCUCAUCAAGGGGAAUCUGCUUCCCUCUGCUUGCCUCUGGAUAACCACACGACCCGCAGCAGCCAAUCAGAUCCCUCCUGAGUGUGUUGACAUGGUGACAGAGAUCAGAGGGUUCACUGACCCACAGAAGGAGGAGUACUUCAGGAAGAGAUUCAGAGAUGAGGAGCAGGCCGACAGAAUCAUUUCCCACAUCAAGACAUCACGAAGCCUCCACAUCAUGUGUCACAUCCCAGUCUUCUGCUGGAUCACUGCUACAGUUCUGGAGGACAUGUUGAAGACCAGAGAGGGAGGAGAGCUGCCCAAGACCCUGACUGAGAUGUACAUCCACUUUCUGGUGGUUCAGUCCAAAGUGAAGAACAUCAAGUAUGAUGGAGGAGCUGAGGCAGAGCCACACUGGAGUCCAGAGACCAGGAAGAUGAUGGAGUCUCUGGGAAAACUGGCUUUUGAGCAGCUGCAGAAAGGCAACCUGAUCUUCUAUGAAUCAGACCUGACAGAGUGUGGCAUCGAUAUCAGAGCAGCCUCAGUGUACUCAGGAGUGUUAACACAGAUCUUUAAAGAGGAGAGAGGAAUGCACCAGAACCAGGACAAGGUGUUCAGCUUUGUCCAUCUGAGUGUUCAGGAGUUUCUGGCUGCUCUUCAUGUCGAUCUGACAUUCACCAACUCUGGAGUCAACCUGCUGUCAGGAAAAGAAACCUCAUCAUGGCUGCCUAAAGUCUUCAGAGAAAAUUUAAAACAUCUCCAUCAGAGAAAACAAACAACAUCAACACAGUUCUACCAGAGUGCUGUGGACAAGGCCUUACAGAGUCCAAAUGGACACCUGGACUUGUUCCUCCGCUUCCUCCUGGGUCUUUCACUGCAGACCAAUCAGAAUCUCCUACAAGGCCUGAUGACACAGACAGGAAGUAGCUCGAAGACCAAUCAGGAAACAGUCCAGUACAUCAAGAAGAAGAUCAGUGACAAUCUGUCUGCAGAGAGAAGCAUCAAUCUGUUCCACUGUCUGAAUGAACUGAAUGAUCAUUCUCUAGUGGAGGAGAUCCAACAGUACCUGAGUUCAGGAAGUCUCUCCACAGAUAAACUGUCUCCUGCUCAGUGGUCAGCUCUGGUCUUCAUCUUACUGUCAUCAGAAGAAGAUCUGGAUGUGUUUGACCUGAAGAAAUACUCUGCUUCAGAGAAGGCUCUUCUGAGGCUGCUGCCAGUGGUCAAAGCCUCCAAGAAAGCUCUGUAA